AUGAUAUCUGGCCAGCCGUCAGUCCCACAUGUAAUACAUUUGUCGUCUCCGCUGACAAAUGUAAGGCACGACUGUCUAGCCCCAGCACUGAUCGACUUGAGAAGACGUGCAUGUCGGAAAAUACUCAAGUAUAACAGCACCCUCCCUCCAGAAUAUUCGCCCGUGGUAGAGUCUUCCUUCCGAGACACUUUGCUUCGAGAGAUCCUUGGAAAGGUUGGUGCGUCCCCGUUGGUCGAGUCCCCUUUGACAGUUGGAUAUGGCUGCAACAUUGAGGUCGGAGACGGCUUCAUCGCCCAGUCGAAUCUCGUGAUUCUCGACAGUGCAAUGGUCAAAAUCGGCCACCGCGUUUCCUUCGGUCCAUCCGUAACGAUAAUGACGGCGACGGAAGGCAAGGGGCCCGCCGAUUCUUGGCAGCGGCAGUAUGCUCAGCCAGUCUUCAUCGGAGAUGACUGUUGCAUCGGCGCAAACGUGACCAUUUUUCCAGGAGUGUCAAUUGGAAGAGGCUGCAAGAUUGCUGCUGGAAGUUUCGUGCGAAAUGACAUACCAGAUUUCUCAGUUGCAUUGGGAGGACCGGCCAGAGUUGCGCCAAAGACGUCGAAUUCGAGUCGUCGAUGGCUCUCAGAAUCUGUCUUUUCUACCACCGAACUUCAUGGUAGCUAA